CUAUUAGAAAGGUUCGGUUGGUUUACUUUACUUGGAGUACUACUGUUGCUCUAUAUCUAUAAGAAAUUUAUCAAGCCGUUGCUCCAGAGAAUUGAGGAAGAAAAAGAGCUCGAAAGAAGGAAGAAAUUCGACGCGGAUUUACAAGCAGCGUACGAAGAAAGAGUCCGAGCGGCACGUGAACGGGCGCAACGAGAACUGCAAAUUGAAGCAGCCAAAGCACAGGAACGUUUGGAAGAAGCGAAGCAGAGAAAGCUCGAAGAAGCAAUGGAGAAAGCUAAUCUUUCUGGUGGCCAUACCGCUAAUGUUUGCUCUGAAACGCCAACAUCGGGCGUGGAUCCUCGAACGUUUGUAACAGAUUUAAUCAAGUCUGCGCCGGUCGUUGUUUUCAGCAAAAGUUACUGCCCGUACUGUAGGAAUGCAAAAAGAGCUCUGAGCGCGUACCGAAUUCCUGAAAAACAGUACAAAAUUGUUGAGUUAGAUGGACGACCAGAUUGCGAUCAAAUACAGGAUGUUUUACAAGAAGUAGGCGGCGCGCGCACAGUUCCGCGUGUCUUUAUUGGCGGCAGAUGCAUUGGUGGUGGAAGCGAAACAGUAGCUGCGCAAAAAGACGGAACUCUGGAAAAGAUGCUGAAGGAAGCCGGUGCCAUUUGA